CGUGGCGCCGCCGGAUGCACGUAAGGGCAGCAGAAACGGCGCUCGAAAUAACCUGGUGGGUUUCAUCCUACCGAGCACCCGCGUCCGUGACUGCAUGGCCGCGCCGCCCUGUUGCGGGCAAUCUUGGUCGGACCCCAAGGUACCUCACUUUUGCCGCUUGAUCCGCGACGGCGAGGCUGACGUGAUGCUGCCCCGACGCCCGUCCGAAGCCAGCGAGGUCGCGGCGAGCCGUGCCAGCAAAGGCCCGUCCGAGGCCGGCGAGCCCACGGCGAGCCGCGCUGCCAAAGGCGCGUCCGAGUCCAUCCAAGUGUUUGUCCGUAUUCGCCCGCUCAUUGAGCGCGAGGCGUCGGGUCAGACGACGCAGCACUACAUUCGCGCGACACCCGACAACACGAUCGAGGUCCAGACCGCCGACGCGCACAUCAAGUGCCAGUACGACGCUGUCUUUGGCCCGUCCAUGAGCCAAGAAGACGUGUACGACCGCGUGAAGGAGUGUACCGACGCCUUCCUCGGAGGCUUCAACGCAACACUCUUCGCGUAUGGCCAAACGGGCAGCGGCAAGUCGUUUACGAUGUUUGGCGCCGAGACGGACGAGUCGCGGUACCGGCCGGGCCUCGCCAAGUCGCAAGCCGGCGUCAUUCCGCGCGCGAUCAAAGACAUCUUUGCGGGCUUGGUGCAAAAGCGAGGCGAGCACAUCGAGUGCAAUCUCUACUGCUCGUUCGUGCAGAUCUACAACGAGAACGUGUACGACCUCUUGCGCGACGGCAAGAUGGACAAGCCGCUGUCCGUGCACGAAGACCGCGUCAACGGGAUUUACGUCGAGGGCCUCUCCGAGUACGCGGUGCGCAGCGUGCACGACUGCCUCGCCCUCCUCCAAACGGGCGAGGACCACCGAGCUGUGCGCGCCACACACAUGAACCUCGUGAGUAGCCGUAGCCACAGCGCGUUCCAGAUCUUCCUCGAGGCCAAGCGGCCCGACGGGACGCUGACCAAGUCCAAGUUCAACCUCGUGGAUCUGGCCGGCUCGGAAAAGUGGCAUGCCGACGCGUCCAUGCAGUACAACCACAUCUCUGAAAUGACCAACAUCAACUUGAGUUUGCACACGUUGGGUCGGUGCAUUGGCGCGCUCUCCACCAAGGGAAGUCAUGUGCCGUACCGGGACUCGAAGCUCACGCGGCUCCUGCAAGACAGUCUUGGCGGUAACACCAAGACGCGCAUCAUUGCGACCUUGUCGCCGUCCAUCGACUGCAUCGAAGAGUCGAUUGCGACGCUAAAAUUUGCCGACCGCGCCAAGCAAGUCAUGGUGUCGGUGCGCGUGAACGAGCAGCGGGUGAUCGACCCGGCGUAUGUCGAGAAGCUCGAGGCUGAAGUGGUUGAGCUGCGGAGCGUCAUCUCAAGUCUCGAAGGCGGCAACUCGCCCAACCAAGUUGACUCGCAGCUCGUGCGUCUUCUCCAAGAGAACAACGACCUCAAAGCACAGACAGCCAAGCUUCGACGGGAGCUCGACGCCCGAAGUGGCCCCGAGUCGCUUGCCAGCACGAACAACAACAGCAACGCCAACAACAAUGCGACCAUGGAGCCAAGCGACGACAGGACCAAGCAGCUUCUGGCCCAGAACCAACACAUGGAAGGCGUGCUGAGCCGGCUAAAGGAUGCCACGGACCGCUUCUUCAAGUUUGAAAUCGAAGAAGACGAGCUCAAAACCAUUCUCGAGACGUCGUUUCGUUCGCUUGGCACCAAUAAGGCCACCGUCUCUGGUCGCCCGCCCGCCCUUACGACGGCGACGACAAGCACCUUUGCUCGCCUUCGCACCAAAUCGGCAGCGACGGUGCUCAAAACAGCACCGGACGUUGCGUUCCGCGUUCGAGGCAAACCGUCGUCGAGCGAGAGCGAGAGUACGUGGCAGACGGACGCACCACCGCGCGUCUCGGAGGAGGACGAGAUCAAGGCGGCCGAGAAGGCGCUGAAGAAGCAGGCCAAGAUCCAAGCCUGGCUCCUCGAGAAGGAGCGUCGGGAAAUGGCCAAACUCCAGCAGCAGCAAGAGUACAUUGACGAACAGCGACGCGCCCAAGCGGAGAAAGACGCCAAGUUUUACAAGCGCGCCAUGGAAACGAAGAAGAAACUCUCAAGUGCCGCCCCCGAGGCGUCGACGACCUAGUUGCUUGCCAUAAACUGCAAAAGUCCGUAUUCACCAUCA